CCUCCGUCCAAGGGAGCAGGAAAGGAAACUCCUACAUUACAAUCCGACACAUAACGGGACAAAGCACUAUUGCUGCUGAUAACGAUGACUGUACGGAUUACACAGAAGCAGCCAUUUGGAAGUGAUUGUUUUCAUUAACAAAUUGUAUUACUGGUAUUUUAUGUUAGGGUUUUUAUUUAUUUAUUUAUUUUAUAUAAAUAGUUUUCCCAAGAAAAAAGCUGCAGAAUUCUCAAUGACGAGCAUAUGCAGUCUUCGAAACAAAUUUCCGAGCUGCAACGAGUGAACGAAGGCUGUAAAAUGCACAAAUGCGUUCAAUUGUAAAACUGAAGGCUAACCAUGAGACGAAUGGGAAGAAGCCAUUUACAGUAUACCUUCAUAAAAAGUAAAAUUAUGUAUUUUUAGGGAAAUGCAUCCUGUAACAGAACUGGCUCCAAAAUCAUCAACCUCGUUUUAAUAGUUUUGUUUUUGGAUACUUGUGUCAGUCGUUCAAGCUUUUUAAACAGAUAUCAACAUUCUUCUGUAUGUUCUUUUGGAUAAGAUGUUUACCGGCAUGAUGAGGUUGGAGGCCCUGGGCAGUUCGUCCAGUUCCUGCAAUGACAGAACAGACAGCUUUCAGCUACAGUCGGCUCGCUGCAGCCUGGAAGAUCAGCCUGUGAUACUGCUUACUGGGACAGGUUCCCGCAAAAAGAGACUUCACAGGAGACCUGGUUAUAUGAGAGGAGAGCAACAGAAAGAGUCUACGGUGGAAGAAAAUAGCAAAAGACCCUGCCAGCGACCUGGGAUGAGUAAAAAGAUUUCUACGGACAUUCAGAAAUAUGGUCUUGAGACUUGUCGAAUACUCAAUCUAAAGGAGUUCAUAGAUACCGACCACCACACUGUACAAUACAGCAAUCCAAAGGCAGCUGCUGAUUCAGUUGUGAAUGUACCAGAAUUUAUCCAGCAAUCCUUGACAAGCAGCAACUGUAGGAACUGCGACAUUACAGAUGCUUCUUGGAAGGGACCUUGGCCAUGUGAAUGUCACACUAGCCAACAGACUAACAAACUUCUUGAAAGGAAACGUAAGAGCGUGAAAGUGGAACCUACGUUGCAGGAAAUGCCUGGUACACCUUCUAAGGGAAAUGAUAAUGACUCUAGAGAUUCUGUGGAUGACACCUUCAAUUCAAGCUUUAGUUUUAUACAGAUAUCUUUGAAUUCGAGCCAUGAGGUGGAAAAUGCAGGAAAUGAUUCAAAACACUUGUCUGCGGUCGGCCUAUUAAAGGAUGAGACAGAUUGCGGUUUUUCUAAAGUGGAUAAAACAGAUAAUUUCUUCAGCAAAGUCCUGUGGAGAGAUGCUGCGAACAUGUCUUGGCAGUACAAUCUGAUUGACGAAAGUCAACCAAUCACAGAUGCAGACAUGAAACAAAGACUGCAGGAUUCGGACACGUUCUCCGUUGACACUGAAGCCAUGUUCUCCUUCUCUGUGGAUUCCUCAAAUGCAGCGUCCACCGGAUCCUCUGUCACCUCGGGCUACGAGAGCAGCACUAGUACCGAUCACACCUGGGACGUAGUGCUGAAGAAAUAUGACGGCUUCCUGCAAGACUGUCUGCAAAGUUACCGAUCUAGCAUAAAGAUUGAGUCUUCAUUGUUAAAGCUCCAGAAACUUCAGGAGAAGGCAAUACAAGAGGAUGACUAUGACCGAGCUGACAAAUUCCGAAAGAAAUUGGCAGAGCUCAAGAGAGAGAGAAGUACCCUAAAGGUUGGUCUGCCAUCAAGACAUCCUGCAGUCUCUAGGUUUCUGGAAAGACUGAAAGACCAGGCACAAUCGACCUUACAGCAAGCUUGUAGUGACUGUGGGUCUAAUAAUAAAGAGAUUCAAGAUUCACAAAAGAUAGAAAAGGAGAUCACAUGCUCAGGUCAAGAAAAGACACAGGGCUCUAUAUUCAGAAGAGACCGACUCAUUCAAGAAAAGCAACAGUUACAGAAGGAAAUUCAGGACCUCAGAAGAAGGUUAGCAGAGCUUGAAAUGAAAGAAUAUCAGUUAACUAUGGAUAUUAAGGAGGAAGACAAACUGAUUCAGUCCCAGGACAGUGAAGUGCCUUCAUUGUUGAACAUGCCUCUCAGUGAGCUGCAGGAUAUGAGCAAAGCCCUGGAUGAAAUAGGGAACUCUGUCCAUCAGAAGCACCUAUUCACUGAGAUUCCCCAUCACAUAAAGAGCCUCAAAGAAAGGGAACGAUCACUGAGCACAACUAUUAAAGAGGCUACAGCAAAAGUUUUCAUGAAUCAGAAACUAUGCAGCAGCCUAAGAAAGAAAGCUAGUGAUAUUGAGACACAACUACCAACCCUACAUGAAGCCAAAGUGGUAGCCAUAUCAGGAAAUGAUUUCUCCACUGCUAAGGACCUGAAGGAAGAGAUGAGGUCAUUGAGCUUGGAGAAAGACAGGCUGGAAGAGCUCAUUAAGAAACUACAUCUUUUGAGAAUUGGUAACGACCGUUCGUUAGACAUGACCAAAGAGGACUACAUCAGGGUGAAACAAGAGUUGAAGCUCAAGAAGACUCAGUUUGAAAAUAAUUUGAAAGACAGUGCUGCCAAGUACAUUGAAUUGUUGGAAGAUAAGCUAAACAGCUGUGGGAAUCAGCUGCUGGAGAGAGUGUGGGAAGCUGACUUGGAGGCCUGUUAUCUGCUUGUCCAGGGGCUCCAUCUGAAAGAGGCGGGAUGCUGCAUGUCACAGGGGGUAGAGAGCAGAGCAGAUGACACAGAGCCCAUGGAUGACCCAUGCUCAGUUACUGAAACCAAAAAAGAAUGUGAUUUUCCAAAGGCAGGGGUGUGGGAAGCGGUUGAAUGCUUCGACCAAAACCACACUGAAUUAACUGAGAAACCGGAAGGGUUUCUUUUUGGCAAAGAAGACAAUCAGCCUGAGUAUGCCUGCUGUGGACCAGCCCAUGUAACAGAGCAGUGUGAAUCAAUCAGCGAGAAAUUGCUUUCCUUGGAGGACCAGCUGCAAACAGCUGUUCUACACCGCGAUGAAGACCUUGCUCAGUCUCUGCAGAGGGAGAUCCAGAUGGUGAAAGCAACUCUGCAGGCAAUGCUGGAGCAGUUACAGGCCUCCUCCGAGGAAGGGGAAAAGGAGAUGGAAGACAUCUUUAGUGACAGCUGGUGACUGGGACUGGGAGAAUGAAUGCACUGCAUCAUAUUUUAUAGCAAUGAACAGGGGAUGGUUUUUAGUAACUAAACACUGCCUUUUCAAGCCCCAGGGAGCUAGUAUAGGGGCCUGACCCAGCAUCGGGUAGAGCAGCUGAAUCAAUUAUAUAGAAAAUGAGCCGUGGUGUCUAACAGCACAUGCCCUGCACAAUCAUUUGCACUUGCUGACACCGGCACAUGUUUUACUGUGGCUUUUUCAGCUGGUGUGUUCUGAAGUUCUGCUGCUUUCAACGGAUUUGCUCACCAUAAAAUGAUGCAGCCUCGUUACCUGGAGUAUCUUAAUGUGCAUGUAUCUGUUCAUUCCGUACAGCGUGAAUUAUCAAAGCACAGCGUUUGUAUAAAUCAGGCUAGGUUUUUUACCACUUGAAUAUUGCACGUUCAUUCAGUUUUAAAGUUCAGGGUGUGUAACCUAAAGGUGUAGUGCCUACAUUUUAAAAUUAGUUCUGACAUAUUUGGUUGUUGUCUUUUAAAGCAAUUUUGGAAAUUUCUUGCCUUUUUCAUAAAACUAGUUAUUAUAGGAGUGCUAACCUAUUAUCACCAGCUACAUUAUCACUGGUCCCCCUUUUCUUCUCUUGAAAUGCUUUAGAUUCUCAGUUUGGAAUAUGCAGAGACCUCAAAGUCUAUAUGUUAUAACUGAAAAGAUCCUGCUUCAGCCUAAUCACUUCAUGUAUUUCAGACUCAUUGUAAUUGUCCACCAUGUGACCUACAACAAAGGCACACAUCAUGCAGAGGUUUAUCUAUGUUUGAAAUACUUGAAUAACCUAAAAAAGAAUAAGAACCAAAAGAUUCUGAACACAAUAACAAGUGGGCCAGUAAUAAAGACAAUAAAGCAAAUAAAAGUUUAGAAGUGUAAUUGGUUUGCUCUCCUUUCGAAGUUUUUUUUUGGAAGACAGUUUGAAUGGUUAAAGAAACAGUACUGUGUCUUGAAAUAUGGAUGCUUAAUAAAAUGAAAAAAAACUAUUGAAAAAGUUAAAUAUUUUGAUGACGGUAACUGGCUCAAACCACAUCCCACUAUGUUGAUAAUCCUUUGUGUAAGUGUUUGUAUCAGGUAGCUUUUUUCUAUAAAUGCAAAAAGGUAAACAUUCCUAGGAUGAGGUUACACAGUUCUGCAAAGCAAUACACUGUUAUUUCAAAACUAGAAUGAAUCAAAAUCAGAUGUAGCCGUCUCUGAUUGGGUAAUGUUCUUAAUAUACUAAGAAGCUUGAAGCAUUGCUCAAAACUGUGUCAUUAAGCGUAGGGAUAGUUGUAGGAGGAAGUGACAAAAUGAAUUAUGACAUUGCAGAAUGUCUAGCUUCUUAUGCAUGGGGUGAGGAGGGCUUUGAGUUGCUGUCAAUAUUCUAAGGAUUGUAAGAUGUUUUCCGCUUUACCGGGAGAGUGAUCAUUUUAUAUAAAUAUAAAGGACUCUUUAACUGUGUAUAUUUUAUAUAAUCUAUGUGCCAUAUUAAUGGAAUUAUGAUUUGUAAAAUGUGUGACCUGUAACACUUCUUAUAAGUAACCAAUUUAUAUGUGUAUUUGUCUGGCUUAGCAGAUGGUUGUCAUUGGUCACCAACUCACUUUUGCCUUUCAAACAUCAUGGGCCCUAUUUAGCAACAAAUGCAAGGGCAAUAUUUUUUAAAGGAAUAAAACCAUUUUAACAACAUAACACUAGCAUGAAACUGAUCCAGACAAUAAUUUAUCAACUCAGCAACUAGGUGGCUUCUUGCUAGCUUUAUAUUAUUAAAAUGUUUUAUUUUGCCCUUGCCUUUGCUAAUUAGGGCCCUUUGUCAUUUCAUAAACCUUGUUUUUACUUCAUGCUUGUCACCCAGCCUGUGGGGUCAUCACAGUCACCUAGGUGUACAGUAUACCAAAUCUUAUAAAUAAUAUAUAUUUCUUUAUGUAGAAACAAUAGACUGUGUUCAUUUUUUUUUUUGAUAUGAAGUCAAAUAUGGCAUUCUGUGAUAUAAUUCCCUAAAACUGUAUUUUUUUUACACUCCUUACACUAACUACCUUUUGUGUUUUAAUGAAGUAAUAUUUGAGCAAUAUUAUGAAGGAUACUACCACUAUAUGUCAUGAUACCUUAACUGUAAACAAAGAAACAAACAAACACUUUUAAUAACCAUGUUCUGUAUGCCAAUUUGUAACCAGCAAGUAUGGUAUCAGCAUAUAGUAUUUAUGGAUAUUGUUUUUAUAUCAUGAAAAGUACAACUUAUGAUUGAAUUGAGUUAUUUACAGGGAAUGUGGGUUUCAUUUGGAAUUCUGAAGGUACAUUUUUGUGUAUCCUGUUGGCGUGUCUAAGCAUGAGUUUCUUACAUAAUAAGAGAGCCAGUCUGAGGGACUGAUAACACUCCUGAUGAUGAGAGCUGUGGAGGCACAGUAUAUCAAAUCUACUGCCAAAAACCUGUAACAAGCCCAUUUUCUAUUACAAAGGAAAUAUAUGUUUUACCCAAUGUGGGAAAAAGAAAUGUAACUGUCCUGUAUCUGGAAGAAUUAUAAUAUAUUUUUUCAAAUGAUUUCUGAUAAAACCCAUGAUUUACUUAUUUCUCAUGUUUGAGAGUUAUGAUAUGAAACAGUUUUUUUAUGGCUCAAAGAGCAGUUGUGACCUCGAUGGGAUAACUCUUGUUUUUGCAGGACUUGUUUCUGCUUUAAAAGCUGAUUUUAAUCAUAGGUGCGAACCACAAUCACCUCAGCUAAAACUGUCUCUAAUACACAAACUUGUGCUAAGUAUGGCACGCUGUGCGUUUGGUGCCACAUCACAGGGUGCCUGCUGGCUUGCUUCCAGUAAAGGAUGGGACGACUCUGUUCAUUGGUGAAAUUAGGAGAUUUCCAGUCCCAGUGGGCAGUAACUUUCCCAGUAUAUUAAUGUCUGUAACUAUUGUUUCAGGGCUCGAAAGACAUCUGUUGAGACCUGUAGGGUUACCUGCAGCUAUUUUGUUCAAUAUUUCACCUGCUGAGACCUGUAGCUUUUCUUACGGUAUGAUCCUUUGAUUGCGUCCUGUAUUGUAUUUGGAUUUGAUUUGUUUCUAAAUAAAACUCUUUUGAUUUAACAUUA